AUGAAGUCUGCAUUGUAUUUGUGUUUGUUGCUUCUUGCACUUCAAGUCCAGGGUCAAUAUAUCUUCAACCUCAGUGACGAACAGCAAAACCAAAAAAUACCCUAUUCCCCACACCACUCCCAGGCUGAAGGUGAAAACUUGGCUCAUGUGAAGAUAGCCCCCAACAAUGCUGACUUUGCAUUUAGGUUUUACAAGCAGGCCAGAGAGGAGGCGGGCAACAAGAACAUUUUCUUCUCUCCUUUGAGCAUCUCCACUGCCUUUGCAAUGCUCUCCCUGGGGGCCAGAUCAAACACACUGAAUCAACUGCACAAAGGCCUCGCCUUCAGCCUGACAGAGAUGGAGGAGCCAGAGAUCCAUGAGGGAUUUCAUCAUGUCCUCCAGCUGCUGAAUGACCCUCACCGAGAAGUCCAGUUGAACAUGGGCAAUGCCGUGUUCAUAAGCGACCAACUGAAAUUACUCCAAAAAUUUUUGGAUGAUGUCACAUAUUUUUAUUAUUCUGAAGCUAUUUCUAGUAACUUCCAGAAUUCUCUGGAGGCUAUAAAGGAAAUCAAUAAGUACAUAGAAACAAAAACUCGUGGGAAAAUUGUUGAUUUACUCAAGAAUCUUGAUUCAGACACUGUGGUGGUUCUGGUUAACUAUAUUUUCUUUAAAGGCUACUGGGAGAAACCUUUCAACAAUUUGUACACCAGAGAUGAUGACUUCUUUCUGGAUGCCAAGAAUUCUGUUAAGGUCAAAAUGAUGCAUCAAAACAAAGGCUUUAAUAUCCACAGGGAUGAGAAUUUGUCUUGUUGGGUAGUAGAAAUCCCAUACAAAGGAAAUGCUACUUCAUUGUUCAUUCUGCCUGAUGAAGGGACAAUGCAGCAAGUGGAGGAUGCGCUACUAAAAGAAACAGUGUAUAACUGGAUGCAAUCACUUAAAAAAAGAAAAAUCUACCUGGACCUUCCAAAAUUUUCCAUCUCCAGUGCCUAUGAUGUCAAGAGCCUGUUUGAGAAAAUGGGUGUGACAGAGUUGUUCAGUGACCAGGCUGAUCUCUCUGGAGUGGCAGAAAAAACUCUUCUGAAGGUUUCCAAAGCAAUUCACAAGGCCAUGGUGGAUGUUAGUGAGAAUGGCACAGAGGCUGCUGCAGUGACCUUGAUAGAAAUGGUACCAUUGUCUGCAGAGUUUCCUCCUCCUCCUCACAUCAGGUUCAACAGGCCCUUCCUAAUGAUGAUUAUUGACAAAAUCACCCACAGCAUCCUUUUCAUGGGGAAAAUUGUGAAUCCAGCUAAGGAAGACUAG